UUCUGAAACGGGCCUGCUAUCUAGCGUUAACGCUGUGCGCGUGCCCGUGGUAGAACGUUGCACGUGACUGUUCUCGCGAAAGAGUACAUGGGCAAACCCAGAGCAUCUUCUCAUCAUUAUGCCUGUUCUACACGCUGAAAUAACAUAGAUCUGAUGUGCAGGAAUGCUAUAAAUCCACUCCUCCAUCAUGCUGAGUCGCUUGCAGGAGCUCAAGAAAGAAGAGGAGACUCUUCUGAAGAUCAAAGUCAUGCUGCAAGAUCAGCUUAACAGGCUAAAGUUUGAAGAGGGAGCCCUGAAGUCCAUGAUCGACGCUCAGUCUGAGGAGAACCCAACCGAUCCUGCUCCUCCUGAGGCUGAGGUCAACCCAGACAAUGAGAGUGAGAUCAAUCAGACUAAGCUAAUUCUAGGUGCUCCCACUGACUAUGAAAUGGAGGAAGAGGAAGAGGAGGAAGAUGAUGAUGAUGAUGAUGAUGAUGAAGAGGAUGAUCUUGACAUGGUGCUUGAGGAGGAAGAAGAUGACAACUACUGAGUUCACAUUCAGUUAGCACAAAUGAACUGUCAAUGACUAUCAGUUAGGUGUGUAAUGAGCAAAAUGGCAUGCCAAAAGAUACGUGUUAAUAGGUUGUUUCCAUUUCUCUUUUUGUCGAAAGACGAUGCUAUAAUUUAUUAACUAUAGGUAAACAACAACUUGAGAUCAAACCACAAAAUGGUGUGUAGCAACUAGCAAGCAUAGAAGCUCAGACAUCCUUUUGGUACUGUAUACGAGGCUAAGCCUACACUGUUGUCACUUUUGUAAAUGUAAGCCUGCUAGUUUAUUGUAUUUCAUUCAUUCUGUUGGAAAAAUGACCUGUAGCCAGUGUUUCAGAUGACUGUACAUCCAGGUUGAAUGUACUUAUGUAAAUCUAUGUUGACUUCAUAGUAUUUGUAUUUAAUUUGAGAGUUGUCAGAGAUGCUUUUUAAAUGUAGUUUGAGAGACAGAGUGAAUGCAUGUGUGUAUGUAAUGCAUGUGCAUGGGUCAUUUCUUGAUGAGCCAGUACUGUACAGUGAUGUCUUUUUGUACUCCAUGAAGAAUAUUGUAUAUGUUUAGUACAGUGGUUUAAAUUACUUAAGCACAAUACAGAAGUUGGAAUCCCUGCCUGGUUUCUUUUCUUUUUUUUUUCUUGUUUUUAUUUUAUUUUAUUUGCUGGGUUGUUGAUUUGAGACAAUAACCAAUAUUGAAUGAAUAAUUGAGUUGAUAUAUGAUUGGUGAUUGUAUCUUGUUUGUGCAAAGGAUAAAGGUACCACAAUUGUAUAUUACAGCAAAGAUGUGGGCUAUUGCGGUUGAAUAGUAUGGAACAGUAAUAAAAAUACACAAGAGGCCUAAACAUAUGCACUUAAGAUAUGACCUAUGACAUUUUUCUUCAGUCAGAUAGCAUGAUGUACCUUUCAACCAGACCCUGUUGACCUACCAAAACAUAAACAAAUAAAAUGUAUGACAUUUGUUAGGUGAAUUGCUAUGGUAUAAGAGGAAUAAAACACUUUGGGACAUGCUGUUCAGUA